CCUUGAAUUACUUUGUGUACGAAUUGUGCUAUACAAAAAAACUUGCCUUGCCUCCAUGGGACCAGAACCAGAACAGGUGGUCUCCAUGAGAACACAAACAGAACAGGUGGGUUCCAUGGGACCAGAACCAGAACAGGUGGUCUCCAUGAGACCAGAACCAGAACAGAUGGCCUCCAUGGGACCAGAACCAGAACAGGUGGCCUCCAUGAGACCAGAACCAGAACAGGUGGCCUCCAUGGGACCAGAACCGCAACAGAUGACCUCCAUGGGACCAGAACAAGAAGGGUUGGAUUCCAUGGGACCAGAACCAGAACAGAUGGCCUCCAUAAGACACAAACCAGAGCAGGUGGCCACCAUGGGACCAGAACCAGAACAGAUGGCCUCCAUGGGACCAGAACAAGAAGGGUUGGAUUCCAUGGGACCAGAACCAGAACAGAUGGCCUCCAUAAGACACAAACCAGAGCAGGUGGCCACCAUGGGACCAGAACCGGAACAGAUGACCUCCAUGGGACCAGAACAAGAAGGGUUGGAUUCCAUGGGACCAGAACCAGAACAGAUGGCCUCCAUAAGACACAAACCAGAGCAGGUGGCCACCAUGGGACCAGAACCAGAACAGAUGGCCUCCAUGGGACCAGAACCGGAACAGAUGGCCUCCAUCAGACCAGAACCAGAACAGGUGGCCACAAUAAGACCAGAACCAGAACAGGUGGCCACAAUAAGACCAGAACCAGAACAGGUGGCCACAAUAAGACCAGAACCAGAACAGGUGGCCUCCAUGGGACCAGAACCAGAACAGGUGGCCACCAUGGGACCAGAACUAGAACAGGUGGCCACCAUGGGACCAGAACCAGAACAGGUGGCCUCCUUGAGACCAGAACCAGAACAGGUGGCCUCCUUUAGACAUCGACCAGAACAGGUGGCCUCCAUAAGACCAUAAGCCAUGAACCAGAACAGGUGGCCUUCAUGGGACCAGAACCAGAACAGGUGGCCUCCAUGAGACCAUAACCAGAACAGGUGGCCUCCAUGGGACCAGAACCGGAACAGAUGGGCUCCAUGGGACAUGGGCCAGAACAGGUGGCCUCCUUGAGACCAGAACCAGAACAGAUGGCCUCCAUGGGACCAGAACCAGAACAGGUGGCCUCCAUGAGACCAGAACCAGAACAGGUGGCCUCCAUGGGACCAGAACCAGAACAGGUGGUCUCCAUGAGACCAGAAACAGAACAGGUGGGUUCCAUGAGACCAGAACCAGAACAGAUGGCCUCCAUGGGACCAGAACCAGAACAGGUGGCCUCCAUGGGACCAGAACCGGAACAGGUGGCCUCCAUGGGACCAGAACAAGAAGGGUUGGAUUCCAUGGGACCAGAACCAGAACAGAUGGCCUCCAUAAGACACAAACCAGAGCAGGUGGCCACCAUGGGACCAGAACCAGAACAGAUGGCCUCCAUGGGACCAGAACCGGAACAGGUGGCCUCCAUGAGACCAGAACCGGAACAGGUGGCCUCCAUGAGACCAGAACCAGAACAGGUGGCCUCCAUGGGACCAGAACGGGAACAGAUGGGCUCCAUGGGACAUGGGCCAGAACAGGUGGCCUUCAUGGGACCAGAACCAGAGCAGAUGGCCUCCAUGGGACCAGAACCAGAACAGGUGGUCUCCAUGAGAACAGAAACAGAACAGGUGGGUUCCAUGGGACCAGAACCAGAACAGGUGGUCUCCAUGAGACCAGAACCAGAACAGAUGGCCUCCAUGGGACCAGAACCAGAACAGGUGGCCUCCAUGAGACCAGAACCAGAACAGGUGGCCUCCAUGGGACCAGAACCGGAACAGAUGACCUCCAUGGGACCAGAACAAGAAGGGUUGGAUUCCAUGGGACCAGAACCAGAACAGAUGGCCUCCAUAAGACACAAACCAGAGCAGGUGGCCACCAUGGGACCAGAACCAGAACAGAUGGCCUCCAUGGGACCAGAACCGGAACAGAUGGCCUCCAUCAGACCAGAACCAGAACAGGUGGCCACAAUAAGACCAGAACCAGAACAGGUGGCCACAAUAAGACCAGAACCAGAACAGGUGGCCUCCAUGGGACCAGAACAAGAACAGGUGGCCUCCUUGAGACCAGAACCAGAACAGGUGGCCCCCUUUAGACAUCGACCAGAACAGGUGGCCUCCAUGAGACCAUAAGCCAUGAACCAGAACAGGUGGCCUUCAUGGGACCAGAACCAGAACAGGUGGCCUCCAUGGGACCAGAACCAGAACAGGUGGCCACCAUGGGACCAGAAGCAGAACAGAUGGCCUCCAUGGGACCAGAACCGGAACAGAUGGCCUCCAUCAGACCAGAACCAGAACAGGUGGCCACAAUAAGACCAGAACCAGAACAGGUGGCCACAAUAAGACCAGAACCAGAACAGGUGGCCUCCUUGAGACCAGAACCAGAACAGGUGGCCUCCAUAAGCCAUGAACCAGAACAGAUGGCCUUCAUGUACGUUCAGCAUCAGCAGCAAGGAACCUCCAUCCAGAACGCUGCAUUGAUUUAGUGCUUCUAUGACAAAUCUACAAAGUCUGCAAAUGUUGACCAAAAGAACAUUUUUUUAUAGUUGGAGCCAAAGGAGUUUUGUUUCGUCACUAAUGGAUUCACCAGAACCACAUCUGUCCAGAUGCAGCUGUUUGAACCUGAAACCUGAAGACCACCUCAGCAGCAGAAACACCUGGACAAGAGCCUGCAGGUCCACAUCAUGAGGAGACGGUCACGUGACCGCCUCUCUGGGUCCCGGCUGUGCGUCACGAUGCGGCAUCUUUACGUCCCCGCCGGACGCUGCACCACAGCCGAGCUGCCGCGGGGAUGCCCGUUGGGAACGCAGAGAGGCCCGACGCUCCGGCGGAAGGUCUUACCGGUGCUGCUCAUGGUACCGGGCGGAUGAUGCUCUGCAGACGGAGGCUCCAGCGCGCAGGCGCAUCCGCAGAACCCCGCAGGAAGGAUGCGGGGACGUCCUCCCGGGGCCGGCGGGUGAAGGGCAGGACAGGGCGGGCUUCCCCGGGCUGCUGAGGCCGCAGAAGCGCGGCGGAGAGGCGAACACCGCGUCCUGCGGGGCUGCAGUGCGGAGCGGGAGCUGGAUGUGGGCGCGGCGGAGGAGCGGAACAGGGAUGGCAGCUUCCGCUUUGGCCCUUCAAAAUAAAGUCACCUGAGCUCAGAGCCACGGUAGAGAGAAGGAAUAGUCCAGUGUUACCUUUGCAGGGUCAAAACGGGGUCUUCUCAUCCAAACGGAUGACAACCAACAGUUCAGAAGCUCAAAUAGCGUUUAGCUGAUCAGGAAGGAUCUGCUGCCAGCUACAGGCUGGACGUUUGUGAAGCAGCGAUGGAGAGGAAGACUAUGGACUCCUGAGCAUCCUCUUCAUCAGGGCUGGACGGACAGAGGCUGAGGCCUGCAGGAGAUCCCAUCUUUGGAUUCCAGCCAGAGAUCUGCUGCUUCUGCUCAGAUUGGUGCUGUUUAGAUUUGUUUACAGUGCCAUUAUUUGCCAUUAUUUGGUCAUGUUAACAUUCAGAUCAGUCUGAUUUUUGUUAUUCACGGGUUUUUUCUGCAGGCUGGGAUCAACAAAAGGAGCACAGACCAAACAGCUGAUCUGACUUUUUUUUCUUC